AGUAGAUAGAACAGUAAAUGGUUUAUUUACAAACAAGAACCUGACAAGAGCAUCAAAACAAAGGAGAAAACGUUGACACAAUCUGAAAGUGGCAUAACACAACAUCUGAAGAAUCAUGAAUAUGAAACUUCCGCCCUACCUGCAGAACAGUAUGGAGCAGAUCCAUGAAGAAGCUCCUGGUAUGGGUCCAGAGGUAGACUUUUCUGAAUAUGUGUGGAUGGGGGAGGAGCUAGAUGAAUUUGAUAAACAGGUAGAAGAGGAAUUUUGGGAGGAGGCAUAUAUGGAUGCCUGUUUUGAGGAGAUGUUGGCUGAGGAGGAAGCAGAGUGGAUAUAUUUUAACUCAGUAGAGGAGGCUGUAACAGCUUUAUAUAACUACAACAACAAUCUCCAUCAUCACAAGGGUCCCUCACCUUGCAGUAAGCUGAAUCCUGAUGCACCAGAGUUUGUUCCAAGAUCUCUGAAUUCUACUUUCAAGUUCACGUAGCAUAUUCUCCACUUUUUGCACUUUACCUGUGGCCAAAGGAACAAUACGGAAUGAGUUUAUACUCAAUGUCUUUCAAAAAAAUGCACAAAAAGAAGAUACUCCUUCCAUUCCCAGGUCCACUGUUGCAUCCAUUAUGUUACGUUGACAUUUAAUAUUCAUCCAUAUAUUCUCUGAUGAUGAUUGUCGCCAUUAUACAUGUACACACUGCAAAGACAAGUUGUCUUCGUGUCAAGUUGUAUAAAUCUAACAUGAGGAUAAAUUGAAAGUGUAUCAGGCAUAUCUCCAGGCUUCCAGAUAGAUGUACAGUUUGUAAAUUGUACAGAGUGUAAAUGAAAUGAUUAACCGACAGCGGUAUAGUCAGCCACCAAUGCUUCAGACUAACUACUAAAACGAAAACAAUUCUGGAAAGUUAAAGGAUGUUUUAAUGCUAUAAUCAACAUGCGUACAUAUCUUCUAUGACUCUGGAUUCAUGUGUGAUUGGACUUUCUAUCUGAGAAAUUUACUUCAAAAUUUGUAGACAUUUUUUUUAAACUGAUACACACUUAGAGCCUAACUAAAUUUUCAACUAUCAGGAAUCUCAAUGUUGUUGAACUUCAUGUAUGCAGUUUGAAAAUAUUUAAUGAAAGUCAAAUCCAAGAUAUCUGGUAGAGAGGAGAGUGUAGCCUGAGUGACGUGUGGACUACUUUGUCUCACGAUGUAUGGAAUACGAGUGCUUUGGACCUUUUGUCCUACUGUGUAUAGUGCUGCUUUGUUCAGGGUGUCUGAUUAUGUUUGUUAACUGAUAUGUAUGACUAGGAAACAAAAAAAAUAUUAUAUGUAUCAGAAAUAAUUAUGUGAAUUAUAAUUGAAUGAUAUAGUCAGAUAAAUAAAUCAUGCUUAGAAGUUCUAACUAACAAAUAGGUAUUUUUAAAAGUGAUUAAGAAAAUCAUGAAUUGUCAUCAGUAAAUUUUGGUAAUCCGUACCUUUAUCCAAAUCAAGGCAUGUGUCGUUGUUUGGGCUGGACUUUUUCCUUGUAUGGGGCAUUCGGAUUCCUGAUGGUGGAAAAAGCUGUGUGGAUACUUGUACUGCUUAUUAUAUGUGUAUGAACUAGCACUUGUGGUUAUAAUUUUGAUAAAUGUGUAUAUGACUAUAAGUUUACAUGUUUUCUAAGGUUUAUGUUACCUGUAUGGGAUAUGUGUGUAUUUGUGUGUGGGUAAAUGUUCCCUAUGGUCAGUCUGUAUGACCUUUAACAGUCCAGCUACAGUAUGAGAGGUCCCAUAAACACUGAUCUCCUUCACCUGGCAGUUUUUGGGAAUGUUUUUUUGACACAAGCUCUCUACAACUUAAUCAGAAAUCAGCUUUGUUCUAUAAUUUUGAAGAGUUUGUAAACUGAAGGCACAUUACUCUCUGCCAAAGUUACAGAAAAAUAUGAAAUAUCCAUAAGCUUAGUCACAUUCAGUGUCACUAGAAUUCAUUUCAUGGACCUCUCUAAGUAUAGUGAACUUAUUUUAUGAAUGUAAAUGACACAGUGAGAUACCUAUAGUGUUAAUGUCAUAUAAUGUUAUACAGGGUAUUGUUUUAAGAACUGACAAGAUACUCAACAGCAUUGUUUUUGAAUGUCCCUACUAUUUUAUGGGGGGGGGGGUGCGCAGGUAUGUAAUGUUACAAUGUCUGCCCCCUUUGUCGUGAUAAAGUUUCUUCAUAAGACAUUCUUAACAAAGGAACCGAUGCUUGAAAUUUGUCGACCAGUAUAGUGACAACAAUGUAGCAGCUUAAUUUCACAACAGAUUUUUUAUCAAACUUACAAAGCUCCAGUAUGAGAAUUUCUUACAUGAGUUUAUAUUUCACGGUUUCAAGGUCAAAUUGCAGUAAAUAUUUAUAGAAACUUCUCCAGAAAUUCAGUGAUAUCUCUCUAGCAACUUCAAUCCUGAACAGAUUUUUAUCAGACGUUAUAUAAUAGUCAGAAAUUAGAAUAUCUCAAAUGACCUUGUAUUAAAGCAGGGUUUCACAGUCAAGGUCAAGACCACGAUAUCGCUCUUUACAUAAAUGUGUCAAACAGCGACACCAAUAUGUAUGUGACAGGGGUAGUCUUGUUUUUAUAGUUUCUCCAUCUUUAUAUCAUUCCACGGAAUGAAUUAGUUGCACAUAACCUUAUGACUUGUAACACUAGAUCUGACAAUCAGAGAUUAAAUGAUAUUGUUUUUAAAUUGUCAAACCAGCGUGCACUUUUGUGACCUGGCUUACCUUUUGUUAUCUCUUCACGAUGAUAUUUCAUACUAGUCUAACCACAUUAAGGUAAUGUCAUUCAAUCCAUACAUUUCCAUUCUAAUAUGUAGUCCUCAGUCAUCAAAUUAAAUAUGUUCUCUAAUAAUCAUAGUAUUCAUGAGUGUCGUCAGUGAAAAUGCACUGACAGAACAGCACACAAACAAAUCGUAUUCACUUGAGCGAUUGAAUCCGCUCUCGCUUGUUGAACCAUUUCAUACCCUACUGUUAGGACAAUGCAAUAUUAAGAUGUGCCUACAAGUAUGUCAGCGUAUGGAAGCACAAAUUGAUUAUAGGAUUGAAGUAAGUACAGACUAUCCUAGGGAUCAUUGAAGUUAUCCAACAUAAUAGCCAGCACAAAUAUCCCAUGUUGGUGACAUAUAGAGAAAAUGUGUUGUAUGUGUAUUUGUCCAAAAGCAUUAAAGUUCUAUUCGAUGUUUUUACCGUUGGUGCAUACAUUGCCUUGCAAAGGCCUUAUAUAGAACUUAGUUAAUAAAUACUUUGUUUUUACUAUGAAAUUGA